AUGGCGCUCCUGAACCAACAGUGUGGACAUUUUCUGCACCGUAACGUAACCUUCAUUGCCCGGAGGGCAAGGGUGAUCUGCUUCCACAUUCUGGCUGCCUGGGCCUUGGUAGCUGAACCAUUCUAUUACUUUGCUGAUGCUGGUUUGCCUCUGGGAGGAAAUGGAUCUUCUAGGUUUGCAAGAUGGAGAGAUUCCUCAGGCAUUAGUUUGUGGUACACUCCAUCUCUGAGGAGGUUUGACGCAGUCAUCAUGGAGUUUGGGCAAGUGUAACCCGUCAUGGUCAUUCCCCCCCAGCGCUCUUUCCAGCUAAAUGGCUACUGCACUGCCAAGUGCACACAGACGGUUCGAGCUUCCUCACACAAACAAACAUUGUGA